AUGCAAAGAAGCUAUCUGUACCCGGAAGGCACCAGUACCGCCUCGAGCUCCAUCUCAGGAGUGUCAACCCGGUCCUGCGCACUCAUCGACUCGGUCUAUGCAACGGCCUCGACAAACCAUGGCCCGCGUGUUAGCGGCCUUCCCAACCUAUCAUUCCGUUGCAGCCCCAAGAGUGCAGGCCCUCGCAUCUCCAUGGAUACUCGUAACAGCGGCAGCAGUAUCGAUGGCUACGCUUCAAGCACGCGACUCUCCGACAGCCGCAGCUCGUCCUGUGGAAGCGAUAACCUCGACACAUCCUACCAUCAGUUUAGCCGCACUGCUCACAUGGGCAUACUGGAUCCCAGCUACAAGCUGUUUGUCAGCCAGCACGGGCACGGCUCUCUGGUCUACAAGAUAAAGAGUGGUGCCGCAGUCAUCGCAGGCGACCCUCUCUGUUCGCCAGACCAGAUCCAGCCGCUUCUGGACGAGUUUCAACAGUUUCGCGGCGACCGACGUCUUCGAAUCGUAUACAUUGGUGCCAGCGCCGCUUUUGCCAAGCAGUCGCAAGAAAAAGGCUGUGUGACGAUGCACUUUGGGCGCGAACGCGUGCUGAAUCCCCUCACAAACCCACUGCUUAAGAACAAGGCUGGAAAGCGCACAAUCAGCCAGUGCCGCCAGCUCUUGGACCCUACUCGCGGCGGCAUCUCUGUGGGCAUAUACGCACCCAGUGUUAAUGGAUAUGAUCCAGCGCUUGAAGAGGAACUGCAGGCAGUCUACGACGGAUGGCGCGCGCAGCGUGACACCUCACGUCCAUCUAAUGCACAAGCCUUCAUUACACAGUACGACCUCUUCUCCCGACCUGACAUUACCAUGUUCCUCUACACAUGCGAUGGCGACGGUCGUGCCAACGGCAUCGCUGGUCUGCGAUAUCUCGGCGCCAACAAUGGAUUUCAACUGGAUCCUUGUGUUGCCUCCGAGGACGCGCCCCGCGGCAUUACCGAUCUCCUCGUCAUCUCCGCCAUGCAGUUGCUGCGCAACAGCGGGGUCUCGUAUCUCAGCUUGGGAUUCGAGCCUUAUGGCGAGCUCAAGGAGGUGACUGGCCGCGAGGGCUUGCUCGCGAAGCUGACGCGCGAUGGAUACCGUCGCGUGAUGGGAUCGAUCAAGGCGUCCGGAAAGCAAACACACAACGACAAACUGCGGCCAGACGAAGACCAAGAGUCGGGGCUAUACAUCAUCUUACCCCGCGGCUUGCUGCAUUUGAGAGAAAUUAGCGCCUUGAUCAAGGCCGCGAAUGUUGAUGUGACGAGCAAAUACGAGCACAUUUAUAUUAUAUUCUUUAUUUUGUUAGUCUACUCACGAAAUCUACUAUAUUCUACGUUUUCGUCUAUCAACCUCGUUGCUAUUGCGUUUUGUUCAAUGACUUGA